ACUAUAGUCUCUUCUGAAACUUUGUGGAAGGCAGUUGCUGAUACGCAACUUCCUUCUCUGGCGAGUUUUGUAAAACCGGAAAAUAGAAAUAUGUAUUUUUACUUUUGAGUGCUCUGAAUUAUUAUUGAACUUGUCCGAUUUUUUAUUUUGGUUCGAAAAUAUUAUUGCGCACGCUACUUUGGAUCCAACAGGAAAAAAAAAUUACAACUAAAAAGAUGGAUAACCAGGCCUUCGAAGAGACAAUCCCGUCAGUUGAUGCCACCAAAAAUAAAGUCUCGUCAUACCGAGGAGGAUUUCUUUCUACCUUACACGAAUUGCAUAAUCCAGCAGCUGAAAUACCAAACGCGACUCAGACGAGACUGCCAUCAUCAGUAGAAUUCUCGGAUAGACGUCAAUUGCCAACCAUCACGGCCGGAAUUGAAAUGGCAAAUUUCCAGCAGGGAUUACCCCAAAAUGGGACCAAUGUCACAGAAAAUGAAAGUCAGAUUAAUUCAAACCGGAAAGCGAGCGUGGCGACUAUUGGCUCACAGGGACAGGAGCGAUCCCGAAAGAUGAGCCGUGACGUCGUCCCAACCAUCGACAAUUAUCGGACAAUACAACAACACCAAGCUCAAACGAUGGGUCUACUGAUGGCCAGGCGACCAACGAUGAACGAAUUAUGCAAUCCAUCAACCGAUGUUGCCGUGAGCGAAGAAAUUGUGCAACAAGAUUUAAAUGAGACGCAAUCUAAUGAAGACAAACUAAAGAAAGAUGAGGAAGAAGGAAAAUCGGAAGCCGUGAAAUUCGGCUGGAUCGAAGGUGUUUUAAUUCGUAACAUGAUGAGCAUCUGGGGCGUUAUGCUUUUCUUGCGUCUUUCGUGGGUGGUGGCUCACGCGGGAAUAGGUGAAACUUUGGUCAUCAUUGCAAUUUCAACCUUUAUCACUUUGGUGACAGCCUUAUCCAUGUCGGCCAUCUCAACCAAUGGAGAAAUCGGUGGAGGCGGUACCUACUUUGUUAUGUCAAGGGUAUUGGGCCCCGAGUUUGGCGGUUCAAUUGGAAUCAUAUUCGCUAUCGCCAAUGCAAUGGAUUGCUCCCUUAAUGUGGUGGGUUUCGCUCAAGCCAUCAUGGACAUGAUGCUGGAGUACGGCGGAAUCAUUAUCAUUGACGGAGCAGCGAAUGACAUCCGCAUCAUUGGCACAUUAACGAUGAUAUUCGUCUGUGCCAUUUGCGGCCUCGGUUCACAGUACGAAACUAAGAUGAAAGACAUCAUGUUUCUCAUCAUGUUGGCAUCGUUGGCUAAUUUCCUUGCCGGAAGUUUUAUAGGACCUGCCACCGAGCUGGAAGAAGCCAGAGGAUUCAUAGGCUACAGCGUGGAUUUACUUACUGAAAAUUGGGAGCCAGCUUACUCAGUUACUAAUGGCCAAAUGCAAAAUUUUAUUUCCGUCUUUUCGGUUUACUUUCCGGCUAGUAUUGGCAUUCUUGCCGGAGCCAAUGUUUCCGGUGACUUAAGGAACCCAAACACAGCUAUUCCCAAAGGAACGAUUUUGGCCAUUAUCAUUUGCAGUAUAUCUUACGCUGGAAUAGCCAUCAUUUGCGCCGCAACGAUGGCGCGCCAAGCUACUGGAAGUGUUUUGGACUUGGCAAACGGGAUCAGUUUGAAUUGCACUUUUUCGGCUGAGAACCGUUCAAACUGUAAAAGCGGACUUUAUCAUGAUUAUCAGGCAAUGUCGUUGAUCUCCGCCUUUCCCCCACUAAAUUAUAUCGGCUGCAUCGCUGCUACGAUCAGUUCGGCUCUCUCCGAUUUCGUUUCCUGUCCGGCUCUGCUCGAAGUCAUUGCGGCCGAUAAACUUUACCCUUACUGGAUGGUCGGUUUCUGGGGAAAAGGAUACGGGAAAUCGAAGCAGCCACUUCGCGCCUUUUUCUUUACUUUCGUGUUGGCGCUAGCUUUCGUGCUCAUCGCCGAGUUGGAUAUGAUAGCGUUGCUCAUCUCGGACUUCUUCCUCGCCACGUUUGCUCUCAUGAACUUUUCAACAUUCCACGUAAGCUUAGUGAAACCCAUUGGAUGGCGGCCAACUUUCAAGUAUUACAACACUUGGCUGAGUUUGUUGACGGGCAUUCUGUCAAUCGCCUCUAUGAUCCUCAUCAGUCUACCUAUAGCGAUGAUUACAAUAGCCAUAGUCGUGUUUUUCUACAUGGUGGUUCUUUACCGCAAACCAGAGGUGAAUUGGGGAUCUUCCACCCAAGCGCAAACAUACCGCACCGCGCUAACAAGCAUUCAGCAACUUGUCCACAUCGAGGAACAUGUCAAGAAUUACAGGCCCCAGAUUUUGGUUUUAACUGGACUUCCCAACACUCGCCCUGCUUUGGUCGACUUUGCCUAUCUCAUCUGUAAGAAUAACUCGCUCAUGAUUUGCGGACAUGUUGUCAAGGAGCGAUUGACGUUUGAAAAACGCUCCCAACUCCAGCAGAAGGCUUAUCGCUACCUGCGAUACAUCAACAUCAAAGGCUUCUGCUCAGUAGCCGAUGAUUCGAAUCUGCACACAGGCGUGGCCGCAAUGCUCAGUCUCUCGGGAGUGGGCAAAGUCAAGCCCAACAUUCUGAUGAUGGGAUACAAAAAUGAUUGGGCAACUUGCGAUCGAGAUUCGUUGGAACAAUACGUGCUGACUAUACAUACUGCCUUCGAAAUGAACGUAGCCGUCAGCAUUCUCCGUCUUCAAGAAGGAUUAGAUUGUUCGAAAAUUUUGGCUGACAUUGACGAUCUUAUCCUGAAUAAAACACUCAAGGAUAAAAUUCCAAGUUUCCAAGCAAAAGAAUGGGUAUCUAUCAGUAGCAAUCCCAGCGUUUCGCCCAAUCCGGACACAUCAUCAAUCAGUGAGAGUAGCCGGAGUGACGCGGAAGAAGCGGAAGAACAGGAGAUGUCGUAUCACAACGAGCGGAGGCGCACAGUUGUCCUAGGCGUCACCAAAAAUAAAAAGAGCAAACUCAGCAAAAAACUGGCUAUCACUUUUAGAGACCCUGAAGGAAACGAGUUGCCCAAAAGUGUCAUGAACAAGAUAAUCUUGUUUCAGAAGAAACAGAAGAAGGACACCAUCGACGUCUGGUGGUUGAGUGACGAUGGAGGUUUGACACUUCUCUUGCCGGUUAUUAUUAACAGUCGCUCAAACUGGUCAGCAGACACCAGACUGCGUAUUUUUUGCGCAGCGUCUGGCGUCCAAGAACUGGAAAAAGAACAGAAAGGGAUGGCUGUUUUACUAUCGAAAUUCCGAAUCGAUUAUUCCGAUCUUGUGAUUAUCAGUGACAUUGACGAAACUCCCAAACUGAAAACCAAAAAGUGGUUCAAUGGUAUCAUUCAACCUUUCUUACAACCCAAUGCCAACGGACCCCAUAUAACCAACGAGGAGUUUGAAAAGUUCCAGUACAAAACAAAUCGUCAUCUUAAAUUAAGGGAAUUACUCUUAGAUCACUCUUCAGAUUCCAACUUGGUUGUCAUGACCUUGCCGAUGCCUCGGAAUGAAUCUGUUAGCGCAAUGUUGUACAUGGCUUGGCUGGAAGCCCUUACGGCCAACAUGCCGCCAUUCAUGCUCGUUCGUGGCAACCAAACUUCUGUGUUGACAUUUUAUGUCUGAUUGUCGAGUACAGCAUAGCCUAAUUCUUAGUAUAGUUAUAGGGAUAUAGAGAACAUGUAUCGUUUACAUUGUAUCAAGCGUUUUCUUCUACAGUUAAUAUAUAAAUUGCCGAACCCAA